AUGAUGAGGAACUUUAUCGUAGCUGUGAACAUUCUGGCAUUAACUCUUCCCCUUUUGGCUGCCGAGGUGCAAAACCUACAUCCAAGUUGCCAUGGAAAGGAAGGAUUAGUGUAUGAUCAGAAAAGAGUGCUGUACACACCAGCUCACUAUGCGCUGAGGAGCAGUCUUCACUACGAACCUAAUUACAGCUACUAUAGGCCAUCUGUACCUUUUCAUGCACACACUUACCCAGCAAUUAUAAUGGUACUUCACCUUAGGUCUCCAUUCCCCAUCUCCAAAUGGCAACAAGGGCCAAAUUUCCCCCAACCUAUUGGGGCACGUCGUUUCAUUCCAAACCCAUCCUUUCUUGCCAUUCCUACAAAUGAAAAUCAAGGUAGCACUGCCAAUCCAGUCAUCAGAACCAUUGUCCCUACUGAGUCUACACCAGCUCCUAUCAUUGAACCAAUGAUGAAUACUGUGGCCAGUCCUGAAGCUUCUACACUGUCCAUCGAUAUCCCCGAGACGUCCACGGUCCCAAUCUCUUCACCUGCAGCAUAA